GAAACCGACUGCACAAUAUACUCACCGCACUCCGCUCGCGGAAUCCCUGAUAGCCGAAACCUAAGCGCGUCCUCUCGGCCUCGAUUCCUACCCCAUUGCCUCCUCUCCGUCGAAUCUCUGCGCACGUCGAUUCCUUCGCUGCUAGGGCGGAUGGACGUGUCCAGGACCACUUCAAGGUUCAGUUUCGCGUCCAAUUGCGGUCUCUUUCCGGUGAAAUGCGGGAAUCUCCGUAGGUAUGCGAGAGGAGGGGGUGACCUCGUCGGCAAUUCGGUCACCUUGAGGGUUUCUGGGGGUUCAAGAAGGGUGAAGUCUUUGGUCAGCAAUGCGAGUGCUCGUGGGGGUGACGAGGUGGAGACCGUGGUCAUCGAGAGGCCGGGCCUUGCUCCAUUCCAAGUGCUCGCCGGGAGCCCCGCGCCACUUGGUGCCACGGCUUGCGAUGGCGGUGUCAAUUUCGCAAUUUACUCCAGCGGCGCCACGGCCGCGGCGCUGUGCCUUUUCACGCUCUCUGAUCUGACAGCUAACAGAGUGACAGAGGAGGUUGUCCUUGAUCCUUUGAUUAACAGGACUGGGAAUGUUUGGCAUGUUUUUCUUCAAGGGGAACUUGACGAUAUGGUGUAUGGGUACAAGUUUGAUGGGAAGCUUUCUCCUCGGGAAGGACACUACUUUGAUUAUUCCCGAAUCUUGUUGGAUCCAUAUGCUAAGGCAGUAAUAAGCAGAGGAGAAUAUGGUGUCCUAGGACCUGGAGGUGAAUGUUGGCCCCAGAUGGCAGGCAUGAUACCAGUUUCUAAUGAGGAAUUCGAUUGGGAGGGAGAUUUACCUCUGCAGUACCCUCAAAAGGACCUUAUAAUUUAUGAGAUGCAUGUGCGCGGCUUUACAAAGCAUGACUCUAGUGAGAUCGAUUCACCUGGAACCUACAUUAGCGCAAUAAAAAAAUUGGACCAUUUGAAGGAAUUGGGAAUCAACUGUAUAGAGUUAAUGCCAUGUCAUGAGUUCAACGAGCUGGAGUACUUCAGCUACAAUUCUGUUCUUGGCGAGAAUAAGCUGAACUUCUGGGGUUACUCUACUGUCAGCUACUUUUCACCCAUGAUAAGAUAUUCAUCAGCUGGUUUGGCUAACUGUGGCCGUGAUGCAAUAAAUGAAUUCAAGACUCUCAUUAGAGAAGCUCAUAAGCGAGGAAUUGAAGUACUUUUGGACGUUGUUUUCAAUCAUACAGCUGAAGGGAAUGAGAAUGGUCCUAUGAUUUCAUUUAGGGGCAUUGAUAACAGCACAUAUUAUAUGCUUGCACCAAAGGGUGAGUUUUACAACUAUUCAGGUUGUGGUAACACCUUCAACUGUAAUCACCCGGUGGUUCGUCAAUUUAUAGUUGACUGUUUAAGAUAUUGGGUUACAGAAAUGCAUGUUGAUGGAUUUCGCUUUGAUCUUGCGUCUAUUAUGACCAGGAGUUGCAGCCUAUGGGAUCCUGUGAAUGUAUAUGGAAAUCCCAUAGAAGGUGAUAUGGUGACAACUGGAACUCCUGUUGGUGGUCCUCCAGUUAUUGAAAUGAUCAGCAAUGAUCCAAUUCUUUGCAAAGUCAAGUUGAUUGCUGAAGCAUGGGAUGCUGGAGGCCUUUACCAAGUUGGUAGCUUUCCACACUCGGGUAUUUGGUCUGAGUGGAAUGGACAGUAUCGUGACAUAGUGAGGCAAUUCAUCAAGGGUACCGAUGGAUUUGCUGGAGCUUUUGCGCAGUGUCUUUGUGGUAGCCCAAAUCUAUACCAGGAUGGAGGAAGAAAACCGUGGCAUAGCAUCAACUUCAUCUGUGCACAUGAUGGAUUUACUUUAGCUGAUCUGGUUACAUACAAUAACAAGUCCAACUUGUCAAAUGGUGAAGAUAACAGAGAUGGGGAGAAUCAUAAUCUUAGCUGGAACUGUGGAGAGGAGGGGGAGUUUGCAAGCAUAACCGUAAGAAGAUUAAGAAAAAGACAAAUGCGGAAUUUUUUCCUUUGCCUCAUGGUUUCCCAAGGAGUGCCAAUGAUUUACAUGGGCGAUGAAUAUGGCCAUACAAAAGGAGGAAACAACAACACAUACUGCCAUGAUAAUUAUUUCAACUAUUUCCGUUGGGAUAGGAAGGAGGAAUCCUCAUCUGAUUUCUACCGUUUCUGUCGACUCAUGAUCAAGUUCCGCUACGAAUGUGAAUCCCUUGGCCUGGAUGAAUUCCCAACAGCGGAGCGACUCCAAUGGCACGGCCACCAGCCCAAGACUCCCGACUGGUCCGAAACCAGCAGAUUUGUCGCAUUUACCAUGAGUGAUUCAUUGAAGGGAGAGAUCUAUGUGGCCUUCAACACAAGCCAUCUGCCGGUGACAGUCACACUACCAGAACGCUCGGGCUAUCGAUGGGAGCCGCUGGUGGACACGAGUAAGCCUGUGCCCUACGACUUCCUCUCCGAUGAUGUCCCUGACAGAGCCACGGCUGUCAAACUGUACUCCCAUUUCCUGGACGCCAACCUGUACCCCAUGCUUAGCUACUCCUCUGUUAUAUUAAUACUCCAACCCGAUGCUUGAACAUUUCAUUAUGGCAGUUCAAAGUUACAAUUACUAGUAUUAUUAUAUUA